AUGAAGCCAGACAGUUUCUACAAAGUCAAGGUCCCAGAGCUCAAAGAGAUCAUCGAAGGAUGUAUCCGGAUGGACAAAGAUGAAAGGUACACCAUCCAGGACCUGCUGGAGCACACAUUCUUCCAGGAGAACAACGGCGUCCAUGUUGAGUUGGCUGAGGAGGACAACACGGUGAAGUCAGGCCUGAAGCUGUGGCUCCGCAUGGACGACACCAAGAAACUCCAUGGGAAGUACAAGGACAACAACGCCAUUGAGUUCCUGUUUGAACUCUACAAGGAUGUGCCAGAGGAGGUGGCGCAGGAGAUGGUAGUGCUGGGCUUCGUGUGCGAGGCCGACUUCAAGCUUGUGGCCAAGGCCAUUCGGGACCGCAUCAACGUCAUCAAGCGCCAGCGUGACAAACUGCUCCGCCUCGCAGAGAAGAAGAAGCAGGAAGAGGAGGAGCCCAAGCCUGUACUGCAGCCACCCUCCCUGAAAAUCAACAGGUCUCCAUCAAAGCCCCAUCAGAGCCCCAUAGGCGUCCAUGCCCCCACCCCGGCCCAGAGCCAGGAUCACCCCUCCCCUCCCCCGCUCACCCCCACCGUGUCCCCCGUCAACAGCUCUCUGGACUCGGGCAUCAACGCCAGCUUCAUCCAUGAACCUGAGGAACCAGAGGCAGACCAGCACCAGCACUUCCAGGUCCACCACACCAGCUGCUCCUCGGCCAACUCUGACUGCGAGACAGACGGCUAUCUCAGCUCCUCUGGCCUCCAGGAUCCCCUGGAGAUAGCUGUCAGCCUCAACUGGUCAACCCUGACCCCUCCCACCCUGACCCAAAACACUGGGACUGGGACUACUGCCCUCAACAGACACCCUCAGCACCACUCCAUCCCAGCCCUCCGCUUCCCCUCGAGUAUUUCAGUAUUGGGUAAUAUGGAGCAUGGCCCUUCUGGAGGACACUCUACCAGCGACUUCAACUCACCUGUGGACAGCUACGCCUCCGACGUGACCUCAGGCUUGAGUGAUGGCUACGAGGGCCUAUCAGAGAGGAGUGGCAAGACUGCUGCCAGGCGCACGGCUGGCAAGCUGUUCCGGAGGAGAGCCCGUUCAAGACUGCGCAUCACUGGGCUCUCUGACAAAGACGACCGGGUGGUGGAGUGUCAGCUGCAAACUCACAAUGACAAGAUGGUUACCUUCAAAUUCGACCUGGAUGGAGACAACCCAGAGGACAUUGCAGCUGUCAUGGUACACAAUGAGUUCAUCCUGCCAUCGGAGAAGGAGGGUUUCAUCCACUGCAUGGGUGACAUCAUCAAGAGGGCGGAGACUCUGAUGAAGGAGCACAUGGUCCACGUGGAUGGCAGCCAUGGAGCGCCAUGCCCACAAUUCCACAACAGGGUCAACUCAUUGUCUGCGUCACAGCCUAAUCUUCACAGUCACAUUGUGGAGUGGACACACUCUGCCUCCUCUCUACCAGACUUCAGCAUGGCUGACCCCAGUGUAGGCGUGCAUGGUUCUCCCUUACGUCCCGCUGAUGGAGGAGACUUCUUCAGCCCAGCAGACGUGACUUUGCCUACAUGGACACCUCUAUUACGCUCCCAGUCUUUCCACAACGCCCCAGGUUCUCCUCACUACCAGCAGCACCACCCAGCCUCAAUGUUCUCCCAAGAGUGCCCCCAGCCCCAGCAGCAGCACCCCCACCCCCAGCAGCACCACCCAGCCUCCAUGUUCUCCCCAGAGCACCCCCAGCAGCAGCACCCCCACCCACAGCAGCACCACCCAGCCUCAAUGUUCUCCCAAGAGCACCCCCAGCAGCAGCACCCCCACCCACAGCAGCACCACCCAGCCUCAAUGUUCUCCCCAGAGCACCCCCAGCAGCAGCACCCCCACCCACAGCAGCACCACCCAGCCUCAAUGUUCUCCCCAGAGCACCCCCAGCAGCAGCACCCCCACCCACAGCAGCACCACCCAGCCUCCAUGUUCUCCCCAGAGCACCUCCAUUCCCAUCCUAAGCAACAGCACCCCCAUCCCAAGCAGCAGCACCCCCAUCCCAAGCAGCACUACCACAUGCCCCCCUUCAUGGGCCACACACAAUUCCCUUUCCCUUAUCCAGUGAACCCCGGCUCCCCAAAACCAGCCCAUUCUCCCCUCACACGGGUUGCCAGCAACCCUAUGUUCCCCUCCGUUUACUCCCCAGCCUUCUCCGGGGGCCACCACUCUGAUGCCCCGAGCCCCUUAGAGUACAGCGGGGAGGGGAAUCCUCUGUCUCCCUCUGCUCACCCCCAGCACUCUGACAUGUGGCCUUCCCACACACAGCCCCUCUUCUCCCUGGCCAAUGUGAUCUCCAUGGCGAUGAGCAUGGCCCACUCCUUCAUCCCUGCCAACAGCCUGGCUAACCAAGGGAUGCCCUCCAUAGCAGGCUUCCAUCCCCAGCUAACCCACCCCCAGUCUGGCUACCCAUCCAUCUACUCCCCCCACUACCAGACAGCUCCAGUGGAGGUCCCCCACCCUCAGGGUGGGAUGCCUGGUCAAGGAAAACAGCACAGUGUCUACCAGGGCGCAGACACUCCACCACAGAUGCAGAGGGAUGGGUCUGGGUCUGUGUACUCUCAAAACAGACACCGCAGCUGGCAGAAUAACCACAUAUCUCCCUCUAUGAUGGGCUACAACACCCUUCCAAGGAACACACAAGGGAUGUCACUGCAAACAGUGUCUUCCAAACGCCUAAGCCAUUUACAGAAUAGUUCCCAAGGAUCCUACAUGGUUCCUCAGGACCAGUCUGAUGUGUCCAGCUCUGCGUCGGGGUCUGACCUGUCCCCCUCGGCCCCAGACAGCCCGGAGAGCACAUUAUCAUCAUUCAGCUCAACCACACCAAUGUCCAGACCAAUGGUGCCUGAGAUGAAUGCCAGUGCUCCCAAGCCCAGAGUAUCUCCCAGUUACACAGAUCCUCCACCUGCUGUUGUCACAGUGGGCCGUUUUCAGGUCUCCCCUAGCAUGGAGAUCCCUGUGACUGCUGAACCAGGUGGACAGGGCUCUAACCCCGCCAGGCCCAUGUCAGUGGGCAGCACCACCACCUCUAAGAGCAGUACAGAGGAGCAGGAGCAGUGGGAGUCAGAGACCAGCCUGAACACCACCCUCACUCCCCACCCCCCACACCUCACUAUGGGGGAGGCCCAGGAGGUCCAAGUAGAGUGGGCCGGGACCAAGGAGCAGCAGCAGGAAGAAGAGGAAGAACAGGGUGAAGAAGAUGAGGAGGAGCAGAAGAAUGAAGAGGGGGAAGAAGAUGAGGAGGAAGAAGAUGAGGAGCAGGAGGAGGAGAAGGAAGAAGAUGAGGAGGAGCAGGAGGAAAAGGAAGAGCAACAGACAGUGAGGAGGAGGAGGAGGAAGAGAAUGUGCAGCCUCAGUCUGAUGGGUAUGUCUGCAGACAGCGGCUUGUCCGUUAUAGCGGUGGAAUCAGAGGGGCGUGGCCUGUGGGAUGGAGGGGCAGGGAGCCCCACCUACACCUCCGCUCUAAACCACAUGUGGCUGAGCUACAGCCGUAACUUCACAUACCUGAGCAGUGACGACUCAGAGAGUGAGGACAUGUGGGAGGAGCUACUGGAGAUGAGGGAGAAACACUUGGCAGAGGUGCAGAGUCUCCAGGCCACCCAGAAGAGGGAGAUUGAAGAGCUGUAUGAGAGGAUGGGGAAGGUUCCACCUGCGGGGAUAGUCUGUCCUGCCGCCAUGCUGUCAAGUCGCCAGCGCCGCCUCUCUAAGGAAAGGAGUUACCUCUCCUCCUCCCGCAGAAACAGUCUGCAGCGCCUGGACAUGCUCCCCCUCCAAGGUAUCAUUAGGAGGAACUCUCUGGGUGGCAGCAGCAGUAGCAGCUCUCUGGAGAAGCCCUCUAAAGGGGUGACUUUUGCAUCUGACAUCAGUAGAAUGUAAGAAUCUUGAGCCAUGCUUGCUGUAGAAUAAAUCCGGACUACCUCAUCUGAAGAGUGCAGUGAUUAUGUCCAUCUUGCUGGAGGAAGGAAGUGACAUCACGUCUAAACCCUUUAUCUGGCCCCCCACUGGAGGAGAGAGUAACCUAGGCCCCCCAGAAACCAGGAAGCUCCUCUGCUGAGCUAAUGGUCACGGGUUUAAUCAAAGGUCACAGGUUCAUCAGAGAUCACAGGGUUCAUCAUAGGUCACUGAGCCCUCUGCUAUGAAGGGACAACGGAACCUCUGUCAUCUGUUGUCAGUCACCCCAGAGAGAAGCCCUGCCACUACAAUGGUUCAGUAGGAUGCCACCAGAACAGUGUGAGUUUAAAAUGGGUGUAAAAGGCUCACAACAGUACCAGCCCAGGUAGUGUACCAUCAUUCCUCAUACUAUGCUAUGUUGAACAUGUGUGAUAGUUGUACAUACAGUAGAGCCUUAGUGAUCUGCUAUAAUCCUGCCUUGUAGCCACAAAGCAUUAUUAAGGGUUGUUCGACAAUAUUGGGAUCAUGGGAUCAAGUCCGGGGCAGUUGAUCAAUAUUUUCCUGCUUAUCUGACUGUCACAGACAGUUUUUAUUGGGACUGUUUCAGAUUAUUCACAUUUUAAUUUGCACAUUUGACUGUCUGUUUGCAAUCUGUUGAUGUUGAUGCUGACUGUAAACUCACUACUGCCCUCUAGAGGGACUAUGAAAAUCCAGAUAUGUUGUUGUACUUUGCUGAUUUUCCAAUGUGCAAUAGUGAAGCAAUAUUUCGGAUUAAUUCAACAGAAUUAUGAAGGAGAACUGUUGUCGACAUGUAGAAGGAUGUGAACAUUGUUGUCUAACGUUAGGCAGUAUCUUAUAUACAUGAUAGUGAGCAUUUAUCAAUACAAUACAACACUAUAGACCAGUAGUUUUCUAUUGCUGAAUACAACCUAGUGGUAGAACUAUAACACUGAGAUCAUUGCGGUGUCAGUCUUUCCAGGAAGCUAGGCACAAUACAGCUCUAUACAUGAGGAAUACCCAAGACAAACUAACCAGCUACUUCUUUUAAAAAACCAAAUCCAGUGAAAGUAUUGCCAAAUCAGCCACAUUGAUAAAAAAAUGAAAUACUUAUGGUUGAUGAUUGUUACGAAUCUCUCCUGACCUUUUCACUGAGAUUAUAUUUUCUACAAAAAUAAUCCAACAUAUAUAGGUGUAGACUAAUGGGUGUCACCAUGAUUGUAAAAAUGAAUUAAUGCAUUUAUAAAUUACGUUUACAAAUGAACCAAAGACAUUUUGGCAACCUACAUUUCUUGCACAAACACGGAGUGUAUAAAACAUUAUGAACACCUGCUCUUUCCAUUAGACUGACCAGGUGAAUUCACUAUUUAUUUCCCAAAAAUCUAAUAUAUUUUUUACUUUCGUAUAUAUAAAAAUGUAUUCUGCGGCUAUGGGCAAGACAAAAUAUUAAAGUGCCUUUGAACAGGGUAUGGUAGUAGAUUCUAGGCACACCGGUUUGAGUGUGUCAAGAUCUGCAACUCUGCUGGGAUUUCCAAACUCAACACUUUCCUGUGUGUAUCAAGAACAGACAUGCCCCAAAUGAGCACAUUUAUAGGCCUGCAUUUGCACGCAGGCCAGGUAGCCUAGGCCUAUAUACUUCUAGGCCUAUAUACAUAAUUAGGUGCACGUCCUUACUCAACAUUGACAGGAGCGCUCCAAAGAAAAGACAAUUAAUACAUUGACAAAACUCAUAAAUUGAUUGAAAUGAACCAAAACUUGUUCCUCACAAGUGUAGCAUAAGGUGUGAGCUCUGCAAACAACAUGUCCACUCCGACAAUUAGAACCACAACAUACUGGUGUAAUAAUAUAAGAACUGCAUUAACAGAAAUGACCCUAACCAAACAAACAUUGUAGAUUAGAAAUUAUGGGGAUUAAUGGUAGCCUAUUACUGGUAAUAUACACUACCGGUCAAAAGUUUUAGAACACCUACUCAUUCAAGGGUUUUUAUUUAUUUUGUACUAUUUUCUACAUUGUAGAAUAAUAGUGACGACGGCAAAACU